CAAGCAAUCCUCCUGCCUCAGCCUCCCAAGUUGCUGACACUACAGGAUGUACAGUUACCCAGCACGCGUACCUCCUCCUCCUCCUAUUGCUCGGGCUGUAGUGCCCUCGAAACGUCAGCGUGUAUCAGGAAACACCUCACCAAGGGGCAAAACUGGCUUCAAUUCUAAGAGUGGACAGUGGGGAUCUUCCAAGUCUGGAAAGUUGAAAGGAGAGGACCUUCAGGCCAUUAAGAAGGAACUAACCCAGGCAAAACAAAAAGUGGAUUCUCUCCUGGAAAACCUGGAAAAAACUGAAAAGGAACAGAGCAAACAAGUAGUAGAGAUGAAGGAUGGUAAGUCAGAGGAGGAGCAGAGCAGCAGCUCUGUGAAGAAAGAUGAGACUAAUGUGAAGAUGGAGUCUGAGGGGGGUGCAGAUGACUCUGCUGAGGAGGGGGACCUACUGGAUGAUGAUGAUAAUGAAGAUCGGGGGGAUGACCAGCUGGAGUUGAUCAAGGAUGAUGAAAAAGAGCCUGAGGAAGGAGAGGAUGACAGAGAGAGUGCCAAUGGCAAGGAUGACUCUUAAGCACAUAGUGGGGUUUAGAAAUCUUAUCCCAUUAUUUCUUUACCGAGGCGCUUCUCUAAGAUCAAAUUUUUCACCAGAUCCUCUCCCCUAGUAUCUUCAGCACAUGCUCCCUGUUCUCCCCGUCCUUGUCCUUCCCAUGUUCAUUAAUUCAUAUUUCCCUGCACCUAGUCCCAUUUUCACUUCCUUGGACGCUCCUAGUAGUUUUGUUAAGUCUUACCCUGUAAUUUUUGCUUUUAAUUUUGAUACCUCUUUAUGACUU